AUGAAAUUGCGAAUACGAAAACGAAUUUUUCCCAGGCGUUUAGGCGAUAUCUUAUGUUUUUUAUUGAUAGUAGUCUUUUUGCCACUUGUUGCUUUUUUCGACGUUGUCGUUGUUGUGCCGGCUAUUCACACACCGGGCGAGUUUAUGCAUAGCUUUAUAUUUACGAUCGCAAUGUUUCUGAUUUUCAAUAUAAAUGGAAAUAUGUUUGCCACCAUGAUGGUGGAUACCAGCCUUGAUGCCAUAAAUCUGAUAGUCCCAGAAGAUGCUUCAGAAAAUGGAUGGCAUAGCUGUGAACGCUGUAAGAAGUUGACCCCUCCAAGAUCUUAUCAUUGCAAAGUUUGUAAGAAAUGCAUUUUAAAACGAGACCACCACUGUGUCUUCACGGGCUGCUGUGUUGGGCAUUACAACAUACGAUACUUUGCUUUGUUUCUUGUCUACAUGUUUGUCGGUUCACUGCUCUCCUUCUUUUACUUGAGUUAUUACCUAUUUUGGGUACGCGCCGAGACCUUUCGUCACAUACUCAGCUUAUUUAAAAUGUUGGGUCCGAUACUAAUGGUAGCCCAUGGCGGUAAAUGGGAUAAUCUUCCGCUUCUAUAUUACAAUUUAAAUAUAGUAGCAUUAGUAAUAUCAUCUAUAUUAUUGGUAUAUCAUGGAAUACCUAUCAUCAGAGGUGGUACUUCUUACGAAAGACGCUUUAACUAUCCAUAUGGAAGAGAUUUCUACAGCAACUUGCGUACCAUUUUUGGGAAAAGAAUGUAUUUGGUGUGGAUUUCGCCUUUUAUUGGCAGUGAAUUGUUGGACGAUGGCGCAAAUUCGGAAGAGGUGUUGGACAAUGCGCCAUUGCAGAGGCCAUCAAGUCAGAAGCUUAGAAACAGAGUAAAUCAUCAUUCUCGUAAGUCGCGCUUGGAUUAAAGCUAGUUUAAAUAGUUAUUAACCCUAGACUUACUAGAACCAUGUUCUGUAGUACGUAGUUUAACCCUGUUGUUUUACAAAUAAAAGUAAACUAGAUGAUAUGGCGGUCGCUGUGGAGGAAUUGUUGGCAGUGUGCGUUACCAUUCCGCAGGGCCUGGAA